GGAAUGUGACUGCAGGGGUGUGUGAUAUUAGUCUCAGCACAGGGCUGCAGAGUAGGUUAGGAGUGUGUGUGUGUGUGUGUGUGUGUGUAGGUGGGGGUUAUUGAGGCAGUCACACACACACAAACACAGCCUGUAGAAGAGCCCCUAGCGCCAGACAUUAGUACUGGCCUGGCUGAUUACUCCCACUAUCGGCUCCACAGCUUGAACAUCGCAGCGUUGUCGAGGCUCAAACACAGGUCCGGCUUAUGGACAGGCGCCCGUAGCUCCGGGACCCCUCUUUUCAUCAAUCCGUGCGCAAUAGGGACUACACCGGCGAGUCAUUGUUUUUUUUUUUUGGAGGUGGGUAGGCAUCUAUUUGGGCUCCUUAUUUUCUGUGCUCCGGUGUGUCACCGCUGCAGGGCCUCUACAGUUUACAGGAAAAAAGUGGGUGUUUGCUGCUCACUGGUGUUCCGGCAGCGGCGGCGGCGGGCGAGCGCAGCGAAGUGUCCUCGAUGGCAGGCUGGAAGGACGGCUCGGUGCAGGAGAAGUAUCGGCUGGUUGUGGUCGGAGGCGGCGGUGUCGGGAAGUCAGCCCUGACUAUCCAGUUUAUCCAGUCGUACUUUGUCACUGACUAUGACCCCACGAUUGAAGACUCCUAUACCAAGCAGUGUGUGAUUGACGAAAGGGCGGCCAGGCUUGACAUCCUCGACACGGCUGGGCAGGAAGAGUUUGGAGCCAUGAGAGAACAAUACAUGAGGACAGGGGAGGGUUUCCUGCUCGUCUUCUCAGUCACUGACAGGGGAAGCUUUGAAGAAAUCUACAAAUUCCAAAGACAAAUACUCCGAGUGAAAGACAGAGAUGAAUUCCCUAUGAUCCUUGUAGGAAACAAAGCAGAUCUGGAACUACAAAGACAAGUAACCCAAGAAGAGGGCCAGCAGCUGGCCAGACAAUUAAAGGUCACAUAUAUGGAGGCUUCAGCCAAAAUCCGUAUGAACGUAGACCAGGCUUUCCACGAGCUGGUUAGAGUAAUCAGGAAAUUUCAAGAACAGGAAUGUCCACCGUCGCCAGAACCUACAAGAAAAGAGAAAGACAAGACCGGGUGCCAUUGUGUGAUCGUCUGAGUCGGCCUUAUCACUGUAACUCAUGCAGCUACUCUCUACCACCCCACCCACUCUGCCUGACAUCACAUCCUAAGUGGAUGACUGACCGCUGCCUUCUCCACGUGCAUGACUUCAGACAGCCUUUUCUGAGAUACUUUGACCAGGAAACUGCUGUCCCCAGGACAUCACUAUGGACAACUGACAAUGCCAAAUUUUAACACCACUCUACCUUCAGCUGUAAUCUAAUUCACACGAGAGAGUCCCAACACUAAACAUUGCCUUCUUAAUCAGCCUGACAAAUUAAUGUUUUGUACUCUGAAGGACUUCUCUUGCCUUGUAGUGACAUUUGUACUUGCUACCGAGAUUGAAUGAAAACUAUAUCCAGAAUGUUAAUGAGUUUCUUUAGUUUCCAGUGUCUGACCAGAGCAGAGAGAUUAUCUUAUGAAGCUUUGUGUAUGUUGUGCCAUAUCCACCUUUACUCCCAUGUGCUAAUCUGCUGUACAUAUGUGACAUUUGUUGUGAUUUUCAAAGUGUAUUUCUAAUGACCUAUUAAAUCACCACAGUACAGUGUGUGAGGUUGAGUUUGGUUUUGCAUAUAUGAAAGUGAAUAUAUAAGUAUGUAUAUAAAUAUAAUGCCUAGACAGCCCUUAAAGCUACAAUGAUAGAACUUUUUUGGCAUUCUGCCGUGGAUUCUUUACUUUGUGUGUGGUUUCUGCUUUUAUCUCAAUUGCCAAAUAUGGAGUGUCUACUGUAUUAGAUUUUUAAAAGUCUUAUAGAUUGAAGGAUUUUUGACCUGUACCAUCUCCUCAAUGUACCGAAAGUAGCUAAUUUGUCUGAAUGUCUUUCCUCGAAGGUGGCGAUUCAGUCAAAAUUGGACAUUAUACAUCGUUUUAUGAUUUCUAA